AUGGUGGACAUGGAAGACGACGAUCCGCCGUCGAGUGUUCCAGAAGCUCCGUCAAGUCCUCUCUAUAGUAAUUCUGGACGUACCAGUGCAGGAAAAAAACGCCGACCUUCCGUCAACGAUAGUGGUAGCCGGAAGAAACGACGAUCCCAUGUAGAUUACGACAGCGCUUCGUCCAACUCUGACACUGAAAGCGUCAUAGAAGAAAUUUUUACCAAGAAUGGGGCGCGUGAGUUGGACGGAACCGGGACCGUCGCACGCGUCGAAUUGGUGAAUUUCAUGUGUCAUAAAUACCUUGCCGUAUCCUUUGGUCGCAAGAUAAAUUUCAUUGUUGGACAUAACGGGAGUGGAAAGAGCGCCAUCUUAACGGCAUUGGCUAUAUGCCUGGGAGGGAGAGCAACGUUUACCAACAGAGCGGGGAGUUUGAAGGAAUUCCUUCGUGAAGGAAGCCAAGUAGGCUCCGUGAGUGUGACCUUACGGAACGAGGGCGAGGAUGCGUAUAAACCUCACGAAUACGGCAAUACCAUCACCAUCGAACGAAAAAUUCUUCGGGAGGGCUCAAGCACCUACAGACUGAAGUCAGCUCAAGGGGCAACGAUUUCUACGAAGCGAGAUGAGCUGGUGGCCAUUUGUGACCACAUGCAGAUACUGGCGAAUAACCCUAUGACCAUAUUAACGCAAGAUUCUGCCCGGAGCUUCCUUGCAAACAGCACGUCCGUGGACAAGUAUAAUUUCUUUAUGAAUGGCACUCAGCUGAAUCAGCUCAGUGCUGAUUACUAUAUGAUUAAUGAGAGCGUCUCCACCAUCGAGAAUGUGUUGCAGCACAAGCGACAGGUCUUACCGGAAAUGAAAUCUUCGGUGAAAGAUCUCGAGACCACUUUGAAGAAUUUGGAGCAAGCGAAAGACCUCGAGGAGCACGUGGAACAUUUAAAGAAGCAAAUGGCUUGGGCACAGAUUGCGGAAGAGGAACAGGAAGUCGAAGCGAAAAGGAAGGCUGCAGAAAAAGCCCAGCGGAAAGUGGACCUUGUGCAUACCAAAAUCUCCGACUGUGAGAAUGCCUUGUCCGACAUUGGGAAAGAAAUAGACAAUUUGGAAACCCAGAUUGCACAUCAAAAGCAAGCGACACAACCACUACACGAGCAAAAGCAGCAGAUUGUGCAAGAGAUCAUGGCGCUCCGACAGAGGUUGAUGGAUUUUGCUACUGAAGAGCAGGAGAUGAAUACCACCGUGAAAACCCACCGGCGAAAUAGAGAUGACUUCCGAAGACGAAUUGCGGAAGAGACGAAAAAGACUGAAAAUGACAGUCGAACCACCCGAAAGCAGCAGCUGACCCUAAUUAGCGAACGCGAAACUGAGAAGGCCGUCCUUGAGGAAAAAUUGCGUCAGCUUCAAUUGGAGCGAGAUCGCGUAGAAACGGCCCAUGGUGAAGCUACCGAUAGAUUGCGUGAAGCGCAAGGACGAUUACGACGAUUUGACGCUGACAUACGAUCUUGCCAAGAAAGAAUCUCGGGUCUGUCGCGGCAGCGAACUGACCGACUGGCCGCUUUUGGUCCCACUAUGGGGAAUGUGGUACGGAUGGUUGAAGAGUAUGAGCAGCAGGGACGUUGGACGGGACGAAAACCGAUUGGGCCGUUAGGAUUGCACGUGAAGGUCCUGCAGGAUGACUUUGCUCGCGUCAUUGAAAGCUUGCUGGGCAAUACUCUGAACUCGAUGGCAGUCGAGAAUCAAGAAGAUCUACUGACUAUGCAGAGUAUUUUGGAUCGUUGCAGAUGUCCUAGUAACAUUUUGAAGUAUUCAAGACGACCCAUUCACUUUAAAAACGGCGAGCCAGACACCCAAUACUUAACCGUUUUGCGUGCUCUUGAGUUCGACAACGACGUUGUGCGAGAUCAGUUGAUUUUACAACAUCACAUCGAACAAAUGGUUCUGGUACAAACUCGCGACGAGGGAAAUGCCAUCACGGGGAAAAGCUUUCCGCGUAAUGUUAGCGGCGUCUUCACCAUAGAUUGCUUUUCCAUGGGUAGUCGCGGCGGUGGUCUUUCGACACAGAGUAUAGUUCCGUAUCGAGGCCAGCCGAGGCUGGCGGCAGAUGUCAGCAUCUUUAUUAGACAAGAGGAGGCUCAAAUCAAUCAAUUGCGCGAGGAAAAGGCGGCAUGGAAACCGACAGUCGAUCAACUGGAAGAUCAGGUGGCUGCCGUGUCGCAGCAACGGCAGAGGCUCAGGGCGGAGCAGGUGGCGCUUCAUAGUGAUGUUGGGAAGAAAGAGACCGAGAUCCGGCAAAUGCGUGAGGAUUUGGUGGACGACGAAGAAUCGAACAUUGGGGCUUUGCAAGAGGCGUGCAAGUAUGAAGAGGAUCAAAUAGAGCUCAUUCUGCGGCAGUUCGAAGCGCUUGAAGGGCAACGGCGAGAGGUGCAAACAGCGGAGGCGUCGCUAAAAGCGCAAUUGGCCACACUUGAGGAUGAGCGGCAGAUCAUGGUUGAGCGCCACACGGCGCUUACGAAUAGGGUCAGGGAAGCCGCAGACAAGAAAGUGAAAUACGAAAAUGAUCGUACGCACUGGGAGAAUCAGCGUAUACAAUAUCAGGAGAAACUUCGCCAGGCUCAAGAGGAACUCAACGUUGCGGAGGAGCAGCUGGCGGUUGAUACUGAAAAGUGCGAACAGUACUGCGAGCGCGUACCUGUGGAUAAACCAGCCGAUGAAAUUGAGCGAGAUAUCAGAUUGUGCCAGGCGCGCUUGAAAGAGAUCGAGAAGAAGCAUGGAAGUCGAGACGAUGUAUACCAUGCUUACGUUACCAAGAAGGCGGCUUAUGCUGCCGCAAAAAGAGAAAUACAAAAUACGGAGCUCCUCAUCCGUGAGGUAAAAAACUCACUGCAGAGCCGGCUGAACUCUUGGUCAUCGUUCAGACACUACAUUUCCAUUCGAGCAAAGACUCUGUUUGCGGAGCUUAUGCGAAAGAGAGGUUAUCGAGGACGCUUGGUUCUAGAUCACCAUGGCAGGAGCUUGGAACUCAAGGUACAAAAGCAAGAUGAUGGCGGGACAGCCGACGGCAGAACAGCAAGUAGCACUUCAAAAGACAAAGAUCCUCGUGCCUUGUCUGGCGGAGAGAAAAGUUUUUCUACAGUAUGUUUGCUCUUGGCUCUGUGGGAGAGCAUGGGAAGCCCAUUCCGUGCUUUGGAUGAAUUCGAUGUUUUCAUGGACGCUGUAAACCGACGCGUCAGCAUGAAAGCAAUGAUUGACAAUGCUCGAGAACAGGAUCGCGCAUGUCAGUAUAUUUUCAUCACACCACAAACAAUGGGGAACGUUCCCGGAUUGGGUGGACCGGACGUCCGAGUCCACAGGUUGCAAGAUCCUGAACGUGGACAAACACGCAUCGCGGCAGGAUCCUGA